ACUUUCGAUGAAUUUUUAACGAAAUACUGCAAGUUGAUGAUUGAAAGGUUACAACGUUUAUUUCUGGAUUUAUUAUUGAAAAAUGGAGGCAAUUAAUAAGAAAAAAACAAUUCAAGAUCUUCCAGAGGAAACAAUCGAAAACAUUCUGAGCCAUCUAAGUAGUAAAUCGUUAAAGGCUGCUGCACUUACAUGCAAAAGAUGGAAUGAAAUAUCCUCCAAAAUGGGUUGGAAAUUGAAAUUGAAUUUCGAAAACGAAAGAGGAAUUGAAGAGCCAUGGGUUGAAGUCCUCUUAAAAAGCAACAGAAAUUUUAAAUCAAUUCAGCUUUAUGAUUAUGCUGAAAUGAGAAACAAUCGAAGCAAUCGUUUGAUGAAAUUUUUUGAAAAACAUGGCGGCAAUGUUCAGAACUUAGUUAUGUGGUCUGGAGAAUUGCACCAUUUCAUAAUAUUUUGUGAUGUAUUGAGUACCAUGCCGAAUUUGAAAAAAAUCAGCUUUAUAGAUUUAAGUACUCAAGGAAGAUUCACAAAAAAUUUCUUCGAAGAUCAUUUGCCUAAUCUUCAAAAAUUGGAAACAUUGUAUUUAUAUGCAAGUGAUAUUGAAUUACUAAAGUACUUCAAAAAAACCCAAAUCAAUUCAUUAGAAAUAAUUGAUUACAUGGAUGCUAAUGAACAAGAAAAUGUGAAGAUUCUUUUAGACUUUCUGAUUUAUCAAAAGAAUUUAAAAUGUUUUGAUUUAGUACCAUUUCCUCCAAAUUUUUUUUCUGAACAGUUGAAAAUUUCUAUUGCUACUGAAAACUUUACUUUUAAAUUGAAGGAACUUACAUUGGAUGACAGUUAUGAAGAAAUUGGAGCUAUCAAUUACUAUAAUAUGUUGAAAUUUUUUGAAUUCCAUUCGGAUACGAUUGAAAGGUUGGAACUUGGUUGCUCAUUGCCCGAUUUCCUCUUUGAAUGUAUUUUUUCCAAAUUCAAAAGACUUGCUUCAUUGACAUUCAAUCGUCCAAUGAUCUGCCCCAAUGAUGAACCGCCCCUAUAUGAGCGAUUUGAAAUCAACACAAAUAUUAAAGUACUCAAUUUUCCUAGCUUUGCACUGUCAGGAGAGAAAGAAGAUGUUCUAAAAGAAAUUUUCAAGCACGUUCCUAAUGUUGAAAUGUUGAGAACAAAUGGAUCUAUGAAUUUGCAUGAAGUUUUGAAUGUAUUAACACGAUUGAAGCAUUUAGUACUUUAUGGCCCUUCUCAAAAAUUACACCAGAUUAAAUCGCAAAGCUUACAAUCAAUUACCAUUGAUAAAUUGGAAUUCACUCCUGACUGGGAAGAAAUUGCAGCUAACAAUCCAAAUGUACACACAAUUGAAAUUAAAAAUGCUUUAGAAAAUUCUGACAUUGUAAAGUUGCUGACGAACGUGAAGCUGCGGCACUUGUACCUACCAAUGAUCGAAGUUGACUCCAGUGUCUGCAAAGCUUUACGUGAGCACACUGAAGAUAUGAAAUCUUUGCGAAUACAUAAAGCAAGUUUUGUGAAUUGCCAAGAAAAUCUCGCUGAUGUCAAAUGCCUUCGAUUUCAUGAGAAUGAAAGUCGUGAUAGUUAUGAUCAAGCUUAG